AUGCCUCCUUUCAGCUCAAUCGCUGCCGCCCUGGCAGCUUUCCUACCCACUGCAUUGGCUCAAGCAAACAAGAGCUACGUCGAUUACAACGUUGAGUCGAACCCGGAUCUUUUCCCUCAAUGUGUGGCUACGAUUGACCUGGGGUUCCCCGAUUGUGAAAAUGGCCCCCUCAGCAAGACCCUCGUGUGUGACACAUCAGCCCGGCCCCAUGAUCGUGCCGCCGCCCUCAUUUCGUUGUUCACUUUCGAAGAGCUUGUGAACAACACUGGCAAUACAAGUCCAGGUGUUCCGAGAUUGGGACUUCCUCCAUAUCAAGUUUGGGGAGAAUCUCUCCAUGGCAUCUUCCACGCCAAUAACACUCCAGAAGGCGAUUACAGCUGGGCGACGUCUUUCCCCCAGCCUAUAUUGACAAUGGCAGCGUUGAACCGAACCCUGAUUCACCAGAUCGGAAGCAUCAUUUCUACCCAAGGCCGCGCCUUUAGCAAUGUCGGUCGUUUCCCUCUCGACACCUACUCCCCCAACAUCAACAGUUUCCGUCAUCCUGUUUGGGGUCGCGGUCAAGAGACGCCCGGAGAGGAUGCUUAUUGCUUGAGCUCGGCAUAUGCAUAUGAGUACAUUACUGGAAUCCAAGGCGGUGUUGACCCGGAGCAUUUGAAGCUGGUGGCAACGGCGAAGCAUUAUGCUGGAUAUGACAUAGAAAAUUGGAAUGAUCAUUCCCGCCUGGGCAAUGACAUGCAAAUUACCCAGCAAGACCUCUCUGAAUACUACACGCCGCAGUUUCUCGUCGCAGCCCGCGAUGCUAAGGUCCACAGUGUGAUGUGCUCCUACAAUGCGGUAAACGGCGUACCCAGUUGCUCCAAUUCUUUCUUCCUGCAGACCCUCCUCCGGGACACAUUUGGUUUCGUGGAGGAUGGCUACGUUUCGGGUGACUGUGGUGCCGUGUACAAUGUGUUCAAUCCUCACCAGUACGCUGCUAACGAAUCUGCCGCUGCUGCCGACUCUAUCCGUGCCGGCACCGACAUCGACUGCGGCACAUCCUAUCAGUACUAUUUCAGCGAGUCCUUUGACGAGAACCUAUUGUCACGACAGGAUAUCGAGAAGGGGGUUAUUCGCUUGUAUACCAACCUGGUGCGACUGGGAUACUUUGAUGGCAAUAGCAGCAAGUACCGCGACUUGACCUGGUCCGAUGUUGUGGAAACCGAUGCUUGGAACAUUGCCUAUGAGGCUGCAGUGGAAGGAAUUGUGCUUUUGAAGAACGACGGCACUCUUCCACUUUCCGACUCGACCAGCAGUGUUGCACUUAUUGGUCCCUGGGCCAACGCUACAACACAGAUGCAGGGUAACUAUUUCGGACCUGCGCCUUACCUGACAAGUACUUUGGAUGCACUCAAGGCCUCGGACCUGGAUGUCAACUACGCGUUCGGGACCAACAUCACUUCUGAUUCUGACGAGGAUUUCUCGGAGGCACUGUCGGCAGCAAAGAAAUCUGACGUUAUCAUCUUCGCUGGCGGCAUUGACAACACUCUUGAAUCGGAGACCCUAGACCGAGCCAACAUCACCUGGCCGGGCAAGCAGCUUGAUCUAAUCGAACAACUGAGUCGCUUAGAAAAGCCGCUAAUUGUCCUCCAGAUGGGUGCCGGGCAGGUCGAUUCCUCGUCGCUCAAGACUAACAAGAACGUGAACGCCUUGCUCUGGGGAGGGUACCCGGGUCAGUCCGGUGGUCAGGCCCUUUUGGAUAUCAUCACCGGCAAGCGCGCACCGGCUGGUCGCCUUGUUACCACUCAAUACCACGCAAAGUACGCGGAAGAGUUCCCUGCCAUUGACAUGGGCCUUCGUCCGAACGGAAGCAACCCUGGACAGACGUAUAUCUGGUACACGGGGACCCCAGUCUACGAGUUUGGGCACGGCCUUUUCUACACAACAUUUCGUGAAUCACCGGCUGGUGGUGCCAGGAAUGGCUCGUCGUUCAAUAUCGACAAUCUCCUCACCCAGCCUCAUCCCGGUUAUGCCACCGUCGAGCAGAAACCAUUCCUCAAUUUCACCGCCCGCAUCACCAACACAGGCAAGACGGCUUCGGAUUACACGGGCAUGCUCUUCGCCAACACUACCGCCGGGCCUGCACCAUACCCGAAUAAAUGGCUUGUCGGAUUCGACCGACUCGCGACUUUGGAGCCCGGGUCAUCUCAGACCUUCACGGUUCCAGUGCCCAUCGAUAGCGUGGCGCGUACGGAUGAGCAGGGCAACCGGGUCCUGUAUCCAGGACGGUAUCACUUAGCAUUGAACAAUGAGCGGUCAGUUGUACUUCCAUUCACCUUAACUGGCGAGGCCACGAUCAUCUCGAAAUGGCCAUCGGAGCAGCAGCAGAUAUCUGCAGCCUAG